AUGGUUGAAAGUCAGAAUCCUUCCGAACAAUCAACGCGCGAGAGUAGUGUUAUUCUCAACGAUAAUCUUGCAGUUGAUAUGAAUGAUGAAGGCGAAAUUGGUCAUGGUGAUGACAGCACAUCUGUUGGAGGGGAAACAUUGAAUAAAGUUAUGGAUGUGCGGGAUGAGAAAGUUAUCACAGACAUCAAAAUCGUUAGUUCUGACUUGAGUUCUUCUUCGUCUGAUCUGGAAGCGGCAGUGAAGACUACAGAUGAAGAUGACCAACAAAAUCGCGACCCUAAUGAGGUCGAUUGGGAUGGACCGGAUGAUCCUGAGUGUCCCAUGAACUGGCCACGAUGGCGAAAAUCUCCCUUUGCCUCAUCAAUGAUGGCUCCAGCAAUACUGAAUAUCCAUGUCGAAUUUCACUCCAACAGUGUGGUUCUUGACACCCUCAGCAUUUCCAUUUUCAUGCUAGGGGUAGGAGCAGGUCCGUUGCUCUUCGCACCGCUUUCCGAGCUCUAUGGACGCAACCUCAUCUACCAUUUAAGCAAUUUCUUCUUCACUAUUUCUAGUGUUGCUUGCGCGAAGGCUCCCAGUUUAAAGACCCUCAUCGGUUUUCGUCUGCUAGCGGGCGUCGCUGGAUCUGCAGUGAUCUCUAACGGUGGUGGAACAAUCGCUGAUAUUGUGCCCAAAAAGAGCAGAGGCCUCAUUACCACGUUGAUGGUCCUGGGCCAACUGAUUGGUCCUGUCAUUGGACCUACAGUGGGAGGAUACGUUUCGCAAGGGGUGGGAUGGAGAUGGAUCUUCUGGCUAUUAACUAUUGUUUCUGGAGUUUUUACGUUCCUCGGUUUCAUUUUUCUCCGCGAGACCCAUGCUCCCACCCUCCUCAAGCGAAAAGCAGCAAAAUUGCGGAAGGAAACCGGUAACGAGCUGCUCUACCACAAAGGCAAAUCAUCCGUUCCUCCAAGGAAGCAAUUUAUGGACGCUUGUCAACGGCCUCUGAAGAUGCUUUUUACGAACCCCGUCAUUUUCAUCGUUUCUAUCUACAUUGCCCUCAUUCUGGGCUAUGCAUACAUCUUGUUCACCUCCUUCGCUUUCGUUUUUCAGCAGCGAUACGGCUUUGGAGAGGGAACUACAGGGUUGCUAUAUUUUGGUAUUGGUAUUGGCAUGUUGGUUGCACUAGUUUGGAUGAGUCGUUAUAGUGAUCGUAUCUUCGCCCAGAAAGAGGAACAAACGGGCAUAUCAAAAGCGGAGUAA